UGAGGCUCGCGCUCGAGCUGCGGCGCCGGCCCCGCCGCCUGGGCCCCGGGCCCGGCCCCUCCCGCGCCGCCCGGGCGAUGAGAAGCUGCUUCUGCGUGAGACGGAGCCGGGACCCGCCGCCGCCGCAGCCGCCGCCGCCCCAGCGGGGAACAGACCAAUCCACCAUGCCUGAAGUCAAAGACCUUUCCGAAGCUUUGCCAGAGACAUCGAUGGAUCCCAUCACGGGAGUGGGGGUCGUGGCUUCUCGGAACCGAGCCCCAACAGGCUAUGAUGUAGUUGCACAGACAGCAGAUGGUGUGGAUGCUGACCUCUGGAAAGACGGCUUAUUUAAAUCCAAGGUUACCAGAUACCUGUGUUUCACGAGAUCAUUUUCCAAAGAAAAUAGUCAUUUAGGGAACGUGUUAGUGGAUAUGAAGCUCAUUGACAUCAAGGACACUCUGCCUGUAGGCUUCAUCCCCAUUCAGGAGACGGUGGACACACAGGAAGUGGCUUUUAGAAAAAAGAGGCUGUGCAUUAAAUUUAUCCCGCGGGAUUCAACUGAAGCUGCAAUUUGUGACAUUCGGAUCAUGGGCCGGACGAAGCAGGCCCCUCCACAGUACACGUUUAUCGGGGAACUGAACAGCAUGGGGAUCUGGUAUCGAAUGGGCAGAGUCCCCAGGAAUCAUGACUCAUCUCAACCCACAACGCCCUCCCAGUCAUCAGCUGCUUCCACCCCGGCCCCCAACCUUCCCAGGCACAUCUCUCUAACGCUCCCUGCUACCUUCCGAGGCAGGAACAGCACUCGAGCGGACUAUGAGUACCAGCACUCCAAUCUGUAUGCCAUAUCAGCAAUGGAUGGUGUGCCUUUUAUGAUUUCAGAGAAGUUUUCUUGUGUUCCAGAAAGUAUGCAGCCCUUUGAUCUCUUGGGAAUCACCAUCAAAUCUCUGGCAGAAAUUGAAAAAGAGUACGAGUACAGCUUCCGCACCGAGCAGAGCGCUGCUGCCCGACUCCCGCCCAGCCCCACGAGGUGUCAGCAGGUCCCCCAGUCCUGAGGCCCGGCCACCACCCGACCCCGCGGACAGAAGACGCAGCCGCCAGACUCCUGAGCCCUCCUGCCGUACCCCGUCCAGCCCCUCCUGCCCCCACCGCCCCCUGGGGGCUCAUCUGGGAGACUCCGGGCAGCUGAGUGGUUACUCCUCAGCCAUCGGCUUGCCUGACGGAACACCCCCGCCUCCCCGGGGACACUGUUCAUAAUCGCAACUAAUCUGUGUUUGCUAUAGUGACCAGCGGUUCCUAGCGUGUCUCCAUACGACCCCACCCAUGCAGGAGUCCCCCGAGGGCCCCGCACAGGUGCCGGAGCUGCCCAGUGACCCGCUGGCUCUCUCCUCCUGACUGUUGCCUGCCACUCAGCUGGCACGUUCCUCCCGGGAGCCCAAGGCUGGUGGCAGCUCCGCUCAGCCCCCUCCAGGACUCCGCCAGUGCCCUAGACCUGGGGCUGCUGGGGAACCGGCCCCUCACACCGACGACAGCAUGUGCCCAGAGGACACAAGGGAGGAGGACGCCUGUGGUCCCCGAGUGGCCCCAGGCCCCACCGGUGCCACCCCUCAGACUCAGCCAGUUCACACACUGGACACACGGAGGUCGGGGAGCAGCUGCUCGGCUGUCCCCAAAGAGGACUUGCCUUCUGGGCGAGAGGCCGAGGGACCUGGUGCUUGCUCGGAGGUGAGUUUUGCCACCCAGGACACUGUGCUCACCCACCACCCACCCUGUUCCUCCCAAAGGGCUCAUCUCCAUAGUGCCCACAUGCCAGCUGCUUCGGCCCCGUGCCCUGACCCAGAGACGCCCCCCUGGGCUGCGGGGAAGAGACCAUGUGAGCCGGCGUCCAGCCGCAGAGGGACGUGGGCACACAGUCACCCAGCUUCUCAGAGCCAGGCUGCAUCUUGAUGGGCUCCGCCAGCAGCAAGAGUGUUUUUUAAAAGUCGGUCUGAGCCAGGUCACCAAACUGGGGCCAGCACGGACAUUCCUGCCACGGCUGGCCAGUGGCCGCACUGGCAUCUCUCACAGCUGCCAAGUUCAGCUCCACGCAGGUUUGCCAGAACAGGGCCAUCCCCGGGCGGCUCAGGCCCUCCCCUCAACAGCCUGCCCGCUCCAGUCGCUAGGGUGGGUCUUAAUUCCAUAGGAUGUCGGGAUCUCUCAUCUCAGAAGUCACCGGAGAGCAGAGGGGUGGAGGUGGGGGGGAGGCAUGGAGAGCGGGGAGGUUCCCCCACCCUGAAGGCAGCACAGGAGAGCCACAGCCCGGGAUGGUCCCCGCCUCCAUGUGGCUCCUGGGAUGGCACGUGGUGGCGGGGGGAAGGACUGGCCAACAGUGUGGAGGGUGGUCACGGCUAAGAGGGGGCAGGGCAAAAAUACCUCCUGUGCCUGCUGCCAGCUCCCCGCUCUGUCACCUCUGGAUCUUCAUGGCGAUACCUCCUGAUUCCUGUGCAUUAGGGAAGCUGUCGCCUCUCCCUCCCUUCGCCCAGACCCAGGACAUCCCUGGUGGUGCUGGCCUUCCUGUGCCUCCCACCCGGCAAAGAGGUAGGAAGAUGCCGGCAGCCGGUGGAAACCCUGGGCCCAGGAGGCCAAGGGCUACGGUGCUCAGCCAGGAAGGAGAGAGCUCUGGUCCGGUCUCAGAUGUCCCCACGGAGAUAAGCUAGUUGUGUUUCGGGGGAACUGGAGGAGCCCUGCGGCCCAGAGAACCUGUGCCUCCUGCUGCUUUUUGGAUGAGUGGCUGGUCCGAAGCCGAGUGACCUGUGACCCCAAGCCCAGCAGAGGGGCGACCCUAAUUCCUUGUGUCCCGUUCACCUGGUUUGUGCACUCUGCUCACGGCCUGACUGGAAGAUUCCCGUCUGACAGGUAGCGCCCGGCAGCCCUUCUCCCUUGACUGACAGCCAGGGCUUUCGGCAGCUCUCAGGGGCCCAAAGACGACCUCGUGGGAGGCGGAGCCGGGCAGGGAGGGUGGCUGUCCUCCCGAGCCCAGGGCCAUCCUGCACUUACAGGACGGGUAGAGAACGGGGACUACGGGGCCACCAGGAAGAGGGCAGGCAGGCUGGGGUGACCGCCUCCACCGCAGGGCAGACGUAAGCUACGUGUAACAGUUACUGAACGUCACCCUAAACCAUUAGGACACUUAGGCAAUGACCGUGUUAGGGAAAGGUUGGCAUCUGUGGUAGAUUUUAGGCUGCUCCCAGCCCUUUUUGCCUCGUGAGAGGUGGGGGGGCGGACGAGCAAGUAUGGGGUGACAGUAGACUGAGGGUGCGUGCAGACCUCUGGGUAGCCUGGACCCUGGCGCACCCCUGGGGCAGAGCGACCUUUUCUUUCUGGAAGGGCGUGUUGCCUCACAAACCCUGUGGCCACGUAGGGAGGGAAGAAGGGUUCUCAGACGUGUGAAGGGCAGUGGCCAGGCCCUUGGUCACCCAGCACCCCCUGCUCCCCCGAGAGACUAACCAGAGAGCACAGGCUUCCCCCCAUCUUCUCUCUUCCCUCUGAAAAUUCAUUCUCUCCUAAACCCUCGACGGCACAAUGGUAAUAAGGGGAGGUGGGGUGCUCCAUGUUCAUUUGGAAACUUUUAUCAAGGCUUUUCCCGCCCCAAGUCCAGGAACCAAUAUGGGCCACACCCCCUCCCACCUGGAGACCUGCAACCAGGUUGAUGCCCCGCCUGCCCCAGCUUCCUUACCGGAAGUUCUGACCCUGCACCAGAAGCCCCUGACAUUUACCUGCCCCCCCCCCCCCCCCCCCCCCCGCCCUGUGUUGUUCUGAAAGGCAGUGCGGGAGGAACAAGGACUAACACGUACUAAGCACCUGCUCCUGGCCAAGCACUAGCACAUUUCUCCUCUUUAAGCACAUUUUCUCCUGUUUUUCCCCCUCGAAAAACAAGUACCCAGAAGUGGCUGUUAGUUGCUCCUGGGUAGACAUGAAUCGGUGGCGACCAGUCAUCGUCCAGUAAAGGACUUCCAGCGCCACCAGCCAUGCUGCUCCGAGCGUGACAGUGUCACCACCCCACUGCGCCACGGUGCUCGGCGAGGGGCGCAACCCCACCUGCCCGCUCGCCCCACCCAGACGAGGGCUCCCCUGGGGCCCCGAGGGCCAAGCAGGGCCUGGACAUAGCCGCGUGCCCGCAAGGGGUGCACAGCCGGGCACUGCCUCGGUUCCCAAUCAGCCGGGGCCUGGAGCCGGGUGCCCGCCCCGCCCCCCACCGGGUCGGCCCCUUUCUCUGCCUGUGCCUGUGCCCAGUGCCUCCACAGCGGCUGUCACCACCAUAAGACAGGGCUUCUGUCCUCCCAGCAAGAGGCUGCGAGCUGCCCUGUGACACGGGCCUCGGCCAGGCCACUGCGCUCUUGCCACGGGGACCACGUCCUUCCUGUAUUUAUUUGAGGUGACUCUCGUAUUUGGCGAAGGGAAGUUACACUGUGUGAUUGUCUGUCUUAAUAUAAUUUGUUAAAUAAACGUUUGUUUUAACCUUU